AUGGACAGCAGCGUGUUAGCAUGGCGAACUGACAUCUCUCUCUUACAAUCGGCUAUACGAAUAAUUCCGAUGCCACCAUCAGAUAGAGAUUACCUGUCGUCGACAAUGGCUUCAUGCCUAACAGCAUCCAAACUUGAUAUUGGUUCUAAUAGCGAUCUACUAUGGUCCUUCGUUUAUAAAAAUAGAAAUUCUCGACAAGUGUGUACUUCAGGAGCGAAGGGAUUUGUAUAUGCCUUUAUCUCUUUUCCCUGGGAAGGAAGUUCUGCUUGUCUUAUUUUGCUGUCAGUAAAGAAGGAUCAUUUUGAUCCACUGAAUGAGGUGAAAAAACGUAUAGUCGAGAAAUUGGAAAGCAAUGCAAAGUUCUUCUCUAGUUUUCAGUGUUGUAUAGAAAAUCCGGUUGCAUUUAACAUAUCCCAGAUUGGUUCCAAUAGCGAUCUACUGUGGUCCUUCGUUUACAAGAAUAGAAAUUCUCGACAAGUGUGUACUUCAGGAGCAAAGGUGCCUCUAAUCUCCCGCAAAGAGCGAAAUGGUGUCCGAUGCUUGUUUGAAAGGAUCACUCAUAUUAUUCGGGAGGAACCUCACAUGAGAUGCUUGUUUUUGAGACGUAGUCAUGAUAAUGUUUUAGUAUGGGUAACCGACAAGUUUGAACUUCAGUGUGUGUUCAGUCCGUUGGUAUCAGCUGUGAUGGCCACUACCUUAGUGGAUCGUUUACUAAAGUCAUUAAAAUAUCACGAGCAGCGGUAUUUUUUGCUGCACAUUCCUUCAUUUUGA